AUACUAUUGCGUCAUAUUUGCGCGUCAUGUCCGCGUGCAGACUGUAGUCGGAGCUCGUUGAGCACGUUGAGCAUGGGGCACCUUGGAGCUUUAUCUUUUCUCGUUGCGGUGCUAAGUUGGCGUUAUAUUUGCGGUAGAAGUCUGUCUCCCUGCCAGGAGCAGCUGGAGUUCAGGUGCAGCGAUGGGCGGUGCAUCCCGAGGCUCAGCGUGUGUAACGGCAGUGCAGACUGUGAGGACGGAUCAGAUGAACAACAUUGUGGUCACUGGUGUAAGAAGAAUGAAUUUACCUGCCACAGCACACAGUGUGUAUCUCUGCAUUUACUUUGCAAUGGUGUGAACGACUGCGGUGAUGGCAGCGAUGAGAUGUUCUGUCAACCUUGUACCUCAGGCUCCUUCUCGUGCGGACAAUUUAACACCUGUCUGCCCAGACACAAGCUGUGUGACGGCCAGGCAGACUGCCCAGACGGGCGAGAUGAGACUCUGGAUUUGUGUGAUUUGUCUCGACCUCGUGCUCAAGCUCCUGCUGGAUGUGCAUCUUCAGAAUUCCGGUGUGGUGAUGGGAAGUGCAUCAGCUUGUCGUGGAGGUGUGACUUUUCCCCAGAUUGCGCAGAUGAGAGCGAUGAAGACCAUUGUGACCAGAAUGAGUGUUUGAUCAAUAAUGGAGGCUGUUCGCACCUCUGUGUGGACCAGACGCCGGGCUUCUUCUGCGACUGUCCCAAGAACAUGAAGCUGAUUAUGGAGAACCAGUGUGAAGAAAUUGACGUGUGCCUGGAGAGUGACGUGUGCGAUCAGUCAUGCGUUCACGUCAAUAGCAGCUUCACCUGUGACUGCCACGAGGGAUACCAGAGCAGUCCAGCAACCGGAGAGUGCAAAGCCAAAGAUUUGGCUCAGCUGGUUUUCAGCACAUCUAAAGGACUGCAGUGGAUGAACAUCAGUAGUACCAAGUACACACAGCUGGUCUCACAUUUACCAGGGUCCGGUCCUGUGUCUGCCUUUGCUCAAACCCACACACUGUACUGGGCCUGGCAGGGGCAAGGAUCUAUAUUUAGGAUUUCCUUGGAUGGGAAGUCACAAGAUGAUGUGUUACUGCUGAAAGUUCAAGGUUCAGUGUCUAGCCUGGCUGUGGACUGGAUCCACCAGCUCCUUUACUGGACCAGUAUGGACAAGGGUUCUGUUAACAUUGCUCUGCUGCACAGCUCGACUCAUCAUCGCCGGCUCAUCACAGGACUGGAUGAACCUUCAGCCAUCACUGUGGAACCAUUGCAAGGAUUCGUGUUUUGGGCCGAGUCCGGAAGCUCUCCAAAGAUUGAGAGAGCGAGUCUUGAUGGCCAAAACAGGAUGGCACUGGUGACUUCCUCCAUACGUAGGCCUGUCGCCCUCAGUUUGGAUAUGCCUCGCCAGCUCCUCUACUGGGCUGAUGAGGGAAUGCGAAGCAUCUCCAGAGUAAAUUUCAACGGCUACCAUCGUAAAACAGUAAUUGAAUCCAACGGCUACCUGGACCGGCCCUAUGGACUGGCUGUGUUUGAGGGUUUUGUAUAUUGGAGCGACAAAGUAACUCACACAAUCUGUCGAGGCAACAAACACAAUGGCAGCCAUCUCCAAGUAUUGGUGAAGAACAUCUCCUCUCCAGGUGGAGUGGUCAUUGUUCAACCACUCCUUCAGCCAAGCGGACUCGCUGUUUGUGGAAGUACUGGCUUGAUGUGCAAAGACAAGUGUGUCAUUGACCUGAUGUCUCACACUCCCAGAUUUAUCUGCACUCCUGCAGGAAUGGAAAAGAAUGGAUCUCAAGAAAUUCCCACUCAGUCCCGGAGUGUUCCUGCAUCAGCUUUGUUUGAUCCUACAUUCACAGGAAUCCUUUCACUCUUCUUGUUCCUCAGCAUCCUGGUAGGAGUGACCCUGUGGUGGUGGAGGUGCUUCAGGUACACCAGCACUCUAACAGUGCAGAGCUUAUCCUUCAAAGAGUCCCAACAUGUGCUGCUCCAAAAGACACCCGAAGGUCCAGACACAUGCCCUGUUAAGGAAACGCUUCUGAAGCCAGACUUGGACCGUGAAUAAGGAAGUGUGAUACGGAUAAUCGGCUAACUGUCUUAUCCCUGGUGCUGCCUCAACUCCUGCUGUCACCUUUUGACUGUCAGGACAGAAUGCUGACACGCCAAACUGAUCACAGCUCCUCUUUGUGUGAAAGGCAUUUAUGCGGUACUACUCGAAUUAUACAUAAAUGCUUAAUUUUUGUGUCUGUCUGUCUGUCUCCAGACUACUGAUUGGUUGGUGAUAUUAUUUUCCAUUUUGCCUCUGAGCUUUAGUGUACAGGUAACAGCUCAAGGCCCUGUUACACCUUGACAAUUUAGCUAGCGUAUGCUGACCGUAUUAAAACACGCUGGCAUACAUUGGUGUACAACUAAUAUGUUAUGGUUAUGUUUUGUGUAAGUUAAGAGCACGUUGAAGCAUGCUGAUAUGCGUUGUAAUUCGCCGAGCAAUUCUAAACAUUUUGGGCAUGCUUAAAAUUUUCAACGCAUUCCAGCGUAUGAUUCAUACAUCUC